AUGGUUAACGGUCCAGCUGAACUUCGUAGAAAAUUAGUCAUUGUCGGUGAUGGUGCUUGUGGUAAGACUUGUUUAUUAAUUGUUUUUUCAAAAGGUACUUUCCCAGAAGUUUAUGUCCCAACAGUUUUUGAAAAUUACGUUGCUGAUGUUGAAGUUGAUGGUAGAAAAGUUGAAUUGGCAUUAUGGGAUACUGCUGGUCAAGAAGAUUAUGAUAGAUUAAGACCAUUAUCUUAUCCAGAUUCUAAUGUUAUUUUGAUUUGUUUUUCAGUUGAUUCACCAGAUUCUUUAGAUAACGUUUUAGAAAAAUGGAUUUCUGAAGUUUUACAUUUCUGUCAAGGUGUUCCAAUCAUUUUAGUUGGUUGUAAAUCUGAUUUAAGAGAUGAUCCUCAUACUAUUGAAGCCUUGAGACAACAACAACAACAACCAGUCUCAACUUCUGAAGGCCAACAAGUUGCUCAAAGAAUUGGUGCUGCUGAUUACUUGGAAUGUUCUGCUAAAACCGGUAGAGGUGUUAGAGAAGUGUUUGAAGCUGCUACUAGAGCUUCUUUAAGAGUUAAAGAAAAGAAGGAAAAGAAGAAGAAAUGUGUUGUCUUGUAA